UAACAAGAGUUAGCUCACUGAAUGUUCACUCUUUGACUCUUCCUGAAUGAGGAUGAACCCCGGCAUCAUCACCUGGACUUUCUUUCUGCUCUGGGCUGCAGAUGUUUCUCAGUCUGUGCUGAUCACUCAGUGGCCCCAAAUCAUCUCAAGACAUCCCAACGGCUCAGCUGAGAUGCACUGUUACCAGAAUGAGACAGAUUAUUCAUAUCUGUACUGGUAUCGACAGCUAAGAGGACAAAGUUUCCAGUUAAUGGUGAUGGUAUCAGCUGGCUCUGCAACCUUUGAAGAGGAUUUCAAAUCUGGUUACCAGGCGGUGAGACAGAAGAAGGAGGAGAAGCAGUGGUCUCUGUCGAUAGAGAGCGUUCAGAGGAAAGACGAGGCGGUUUAUCUGUGUGCUGCUAGUCUACACGGUGCUGUGGCACACCUCAGACCUGUGACAAGAACAUACUGCAGGGAAGCUCUUUGUUGUUCUGACACUUGUCAGGCGUGCGCUGUGACAUUUGUGAAGUUUGAUCCACAGAUAGUGCAGAAGGACAUAGCGGUCGAGAUCAAAUGCAGCCAUAAUGACACUUCUCUUGUUAUCAUGCUCUGGUAUCAACAGAGAAAGGGCAGCACGUCUCUGACCCUCAUUGGCUACGGAUCUGAAAGCUCCCCCACUUAUGAGGAUCGAGCAACGAGUGUGGCGUUUCAACCAUCGCAUCCAAAAGUAGUCGUUGAAAAGGCCCGGGUAGAAUUUAACUGCAGUCACAAUGAUGAAAAUCUUGAUGUGAUGCUCUGGUACCAGCAAACACAAAGCGGCAUGAUGGAUUUAAUCGGAUACGGCUACACUAGCAGUGAACCCGACUAUGAGGAGAAGUUCAAGGAUCGCUGGAAGACGUUCAUCACUAACAUGUUUAUCAUCGUGCUUUCUCUGUUUCUUCUUUUACACUCAGGUCUCAGUGUCGUAGUGAAUCAGUCUGGAACUCAAACGUCACAGCCCGGACUCACAGCGGACUUUAGAUGCAGCCUCGAGUUCAGCAUGAGCAGCUACACCAUGCUCUGGUACCGUCAGGCGCACCACGGAGCCGCUGUGGAGUUCCUCAUCAAAGAGCACGACCAACCUCAGGGUCGAUUCGAGGCGACCAUAAACAUAUUCAAAAACAUCUUCACCCUGAAGGUUACAGAUCUGAUCCUGAGCGACAGCAGCACCUACUUCUGUGCUGCAAGACACAAGAAGCUUUCUGCAAACACAGUCUGCAGAUCAAACUUACAGAGAGACACCAGGUCAAAGGUCAGUGUCAGCUCGGAGCUUUUUGACGUUAAGAUUCAGCACUGUGUCAACAACGAGGCGUACUUCGGCCCGGGGACUAAACUGACUGUUUUAGAAGAAGGACUUAAGGUCACUCCACCGACAGUCAGAGUUCUCCCAGCUUCUCCAAAGGAGUGUGGACACCAGAGUAAGACCAUCGUUUGUGUGGCCAGUGGAUUCUACCCGGAUCAUGUCAGCUUCUCCUGGACCGACAAAGAGGGCGAGGUCAGCUCAGGUGUGGCGACGGACAGCGAGGCCGUGCUGGAAGAAGGAAAGACCUACAUGAUGAGCAGCAGGCUGAGGGUCUCUGCUGAAGAGUGGAACAAUCCUGACAAUGAAUUCACCUGCACCGUCCACUUCUUUGACGGGGACAAAACGGUCCCUUACUCUGCUUCAGUUAAAGGAAUAGAAGCUGAAAGAAAAACCAUCACCAGAGACAAAUAUCUGAAGGUCACGCAGAGCGCCAAACUGACGUACAGCGUGUUCAUCGUGAAGAGCUGUUUCUACGGAGCGUUUGUAGCUUUUCUGCUGCUCAAGUUUCAGGGGGCGAAGCAGAAGAACUGAGAGCAGAGCCGACGCCUCACAAGAGGAUUCUGGGAAAUCUGCUCAGUGUUCAUGUCUGUGUAUGAAGUUAGCAAACCUUUAAUCUUCAAGCUACUUUUAAAAUGAUUGUUCUUCGGGGCGCCAUAUAGCCUAGCGGUCAUGUUGCACGCCCCAUGUACGGAGGUUGUGUCCUCGUCGCAGCGAGCGGCCGUGGGUUUGAAUCCGACCUCUGACCUCCUCUCUCUUCAGCUGUUCUUUCUCAUAAAAGCAAAAAGACCCAAAAAAUAUCUUUCUUUUUUUUUAAAGAUCGUCCUUCACAGACGCUUCACUCUGAACGUCAUCAAAGAAAAUCACAACGAUACCUUUAAAAACAGACGUGAAGAACGAGCUACGAUCAGACCAGAGCUGCACACAUGAUCCAUCUUAUCACACUUCAGAGUUACAAAGAUGUGUCGUGUUUUAUUCUUUCUUUCUUUCUGUCCUUCUGUCACUGAAAACUUCACGUCUUUUCUUUCUGCUCUGUACGAGAAUUAUAUUCAAAUGUGUCAUCUUUAAUAAAGACUUAUCAGACUUUACUUCAA